AGUGCACAGCCAGCUCCACUGCUUCCUCAUCAGCAGACACAGGAUGUUCAGAGCCACCUCAGCCAGCGCCGUCUCAGAUGCUGUGGUCACACAAUAGAAAGAUCAUCUCAAUCAGGUUUCAUUUUCGCAUAGUGUCAGCCUCAACAGCAGGGGGAAGUCCGGACUGUGGGGCUCCAUACUCAAGAUGAUCCCUCACAUGGCGCUGUGCAAGUUCUUUCCUCUGGUUCUGGUCGGGGUUGUGGUGUUCGCUGUGAGCGGGAUCUUUGGAGACCCUCUGUACGAGUGCCUCCAGGACACUGACUACAGCGAGCUCCUUGGCAUCGUGGACAAAGGGCUCCCUGCCUCUAAGACACCCCGUCACGUGGCAAUCAUCGGCGGGGGCAUCGCUGGACUGACCGCUGCCAAGUUUUUAGAAGAUGCCGGACACAAGGUGACCAUAAUAGAAGCCAGUGGCCGUAUCGGAGGCCGCGUGGAGACCUUCAGGAACAGAAAGGAGGGCUGGUACGCUGAGAUGGGUGCCAUGAGGAUCCCCAGCUUUCAUAAGAUUUUGCUGUCUUUUGCUUCCAAAUUACACAUUUCGUUAAACCCCUUCAUCGAAGACGACAUCAACACCUACUAUUUGGUUAAUGGUGUGCUUCAGAAAACGUACGCUGUGGAAGACAACCCUGCUGUGCUCAACUACACCUUGAAUGAGAGAGAGAGGGGGAAGUCAGCAGCUCAGCUUUUCAGUCAGACACUCUGGAAGGUGAGAGAAGACCUUAAGAGAAUGGGCUGCAGCGCCAUGUUGGAUAAAUAUGAUUCCUACACAGUAAAGGAAUACCUGGUGAAGGAGGGCAACCUGAGUCGCGGCGCCUUGAGGAUGAUCGGGGACAUCCUGAAUGAAAACAGCCUCUUCUACACGUCACUGAUUGAGAUGCUGUACAUCCAGUCAGACAUCAACGACGACACUGAGUACUUUGAAGUGACAGACGGCUUUGAGCACCUGCCGCGGGCUUUCUACCAGCUGCUGAACGCCACCAUCCUCCUCAACUCCAAGGUCAAGCUCAUCAACCAAACAGGCGGCAGCAAGGUGACGGUCACGUUCCAGGACUGGCGUAAUUCAGGCUCCCUGACCAACCUGACUGUGGACUACGCCCUGGUUACAUCUACGGCGAAGGCCACCCUCUUCAUUGACUUCCAGCCCCCCCUCUCUGCGGACAAGAUGGAGGCCCUGCGCUCCGUUCACUACGCCAGCUCCACCAAGGUGAUACUCAGCUUCAGGGAUCGCUUCUGGGAGAAAGAGGGCAUCAGAGGAGGGAAGAGCAUCACAGACCGCCCCUCUCGCUUCAUCUACUACCCCAGCCACAGCUUCCCCGGGACGGCGGCAGGAGCCCUCCUGGCUUCUUACACCUGCUCCGACGACUCCACGCUCUUCCAGGGGAUGAGCGAGGAGGAGCUGAUGGCCGUGGUCCUGGAGGACCUGGUGAAGAUCCACGGAGAGUACAUCAGGCCUCUGUGCACGGGGGGCCUGGUGAAGAAGUGGGGCUUGGAUCCUUACAGUCUGGGAGCGUUCGCCCUGUUCACCCCCUACCAAAAGGGACACUAUGCCAGAGAACUGUUCCAGAGGGAGGGGCGGGUGCACUUUGCAGGAGAACACACAGCCACACCACACGGGUGGAUUGAAACUGCGAUGAAGUCGGCACUCAGAGCAGCCAAAAAUAUUAACCUCCAUACUGUUUAGUUUUGACUAUAACUGGUUUUUAUAUAUACAUGUUCCUUUAUAUUCAGUCAUACAUGGUUUGAAAUGUUGUUUGACCAGCGUGUCUUGUGAUCUACCAGCAUUAACCCCCUCUGAUGUUUUUGUGUAAUGUACAUAUUUAUUGAUUUACGUCCAUCACUACUGAUCAGCAGUACGCACUUGACAAUUGCGUGCCCAUACACUGACAUUCUGACCACACUCCUCAAAGAUGACCAUAUAUACAAAUGCAAUGCCAUUAUGAUAGUGAUUCGCAGCAUUUUAUUAUUAUUUGUUGUAUGCAACGUUUCAGUGGACGUCCCAUGAUCCUCUGCCAGAAUGAAACUGAACAACAGCUGCAACCUAACUGACUUUUUUUUUCCCAUUCAACAAGAAAGACAAAAUAAUUGAGAAUAAAGCAUGUGUUUUAAAUGAUGAUGUGUUCCUGAGGUGGAAAGUAUGUAAACACACAUCUGCCCAGUUUUGUAACAAAUCUUCUGGCCAAUGGUCUCAUUUGUCGAUGUAGGUCAAAUAGAGGCAUUAUUAUUAAAUCAAAACUCCUGAGCUACACUGGAAAUGUUGUAGUCAUCUUGAUUUUCAUUUUACGUGACAACAGUCUGAACUGCAUGUCAGCAUGUUUUUCCAGUCUCUGAAUCCUUCUUAUUAAGACCCUGGAACAUGUUUCCACGGUUUGGACAGGAGGUGGAUGACACACUCCUUUUCUUGAAUAAGAGUACUAAUCACUUAUAUUUAAAAAUUUAUAAUAAUAAUAAUUUCAAAGCAUUAAAAAUCAACUUAAGUGAAUGAACAGACCAAGAAAUUUUACUUUAAGUAUCAAAAGUAUCAUAUUUCUUUCUGCUAAGAAAGGCCUCCGUAACUGAUACAUUUCUGUAUGUCAUAUUAUUAGAUUGCUAAUUGUGGAUGAAUACAUCUGUAACAACAUGCUCAUAUACACACAGCUAGGUGUGUGAUUCAGUGGUGUCUAGUCUAGUGCAACACAAAUCAGUGUUUAUUAUUAUUAGACCGCAAACUGUCAUUCAAAUGAAAAGCAUGUCAUGUGAGAAAUUCAGAGGAGAAACUGUCUCUUGGGUGGAACUGCUAACAACUCAGAAAGGGAGUCUCGCUAGCAGCUGUUUUUUUUUUACAAGAGGUCAGAGGUCAAAGGGGUUGGGGACCUCCACUUUAAUCUUUAACACUGCACUGGCUCUUUCUGGGUCAUUUCAACUACAGGUCAGUAAUGAGCAUCAGACUGAAAAACCUCCUCAUUGGGCGGAAUAAUAAGGUAUUUUAAUGGCUAACAUUAUGUCCCUCUUGUGUUGUUCAAAAUGGCCUUAAAAUCUAUGUCAGAAGCACCUCACGAAUGGUAGGACUUGGUGACAAAACCAAAUAUCACAGCUGUUUCCUACCUCUCUAUAUAUUUUGCCCAUACUAUAGGGAUGACUACUGAUGCUUUCAAUAUUAAUACAAAGGGAUUUCUGAUCAAUAUUCAUCAGUCAUGUGGAUAUAAUGACUAAGUGGGUAAAGACAAGUAUUAGCUCAAGUAGGACAGUGUGGAAAGGUCAGACGAUGAUACCACUUAACUCUUGUGAGCAUUUAAAACCAGGAAAAGACAACACUGAUGACUUACUAUCAUAUUAAGAUGAUAAAUUGUCUCAUAUCACGAUAACAAUGUAUAGUGGAUAUUUGGCCCAGCCUGUUGUCACACAUCAAUAUGACAAAUUCAGUUUUUUUCUUGAAGAUGUAGGAUAAAGUGCACGUUUCCACUAUGCUCACAAACGUCGUCUCUGUGAUCAAACUGUUUUAAUGUAAAGAUUUGAUACCAAUUCUGUCACAGUAAUGACCAAAAGAUUUCAACAAUGUCCCUGUUGAUUAAAAAGGCAGUUCUUCCCUGUCAAUUUUCACACAGGUCAUAAGAUAAUGUCCAAAUAUUUUGUAUCAACAUUCCCCAGGAGUUAUGUUGCCCUCUAGUGGUUUUUUUGUGCAUAUCUAAAAUGAUGAUUGCAUUUGUGUACAACAUGUAUUCCAUUUUACUUUAAUUAGGAUGAAGUUACUUCAAUACAGAGCAGAGGUCUAGCUACCAAGUACAGAGAAAGUGUCGUGAUAACAUUUCAGAAUGCCUUGAUGUGUGCUGUCAUUAUUAAGAUUUUGUGAAUGAAUUAAAGCUUGAUCAAUAAACCGUUCAAUAUUUAUUUACAUUAUUGGGUGAUACUGGCCUAUGACAGAUAUCUAUGUAUCAGUGCAUAUGUUUUCUGAUAUGUCACAAUAGGAUU